AUGCUGAAUCAGUAUUGUCGUGCAAACUCAUCUGACAUCUACGAUGCCAUCAUUAUCGGAGGCGGACCGUCUGGGCUGGCCUGCCUGAGUGCCCUGGCACGUGUCCGCCGCAACGUCUUGUUGAUCGACUCGGGGGAGUACCGCAAUGGCGUCACUCGGCACAUGCACGACGUGGUUGGGUUUGAUGGAGUCACGCCCGCAUACUUCCGCUGGGCCGCUCGUGAGCUCAUUUCGGAUUAUCCGACGGCGCAUAUGGCAAACGGGACGGUGACCAAGGUUGAGCCACAGAGUGCAAACAACACAGCAUUCACAGUGACACUGGGUGGAAAUUCAACCCUGCCGGCCACGCUCCAGGCACGCAAGGUGGUGCUUGCGACGGGACUUCGCGACAUUAUCACCAGUACACCGGGCGUUCUCGAUAACUGGGGCCAAGGUAUUUAUUGGUGUCCCUGGUGUGAUGGUUACGAACACGCCGAUCAGCCUAUUGGUCUGCUCGGGCCGAUGCAUGCUGCUGCUGGCAUGGCCAGGGAGAUCUUGACGCUUAAUCGCGAUAUUGUUGCCUUUGUCAACGGCACUCAGACGGAAACUGAGCUCGCAGCUGCCCAGAACUCAUUCCCUGGUGCUGCCGAAUAUCUAAAGCUCAACAACGUUACAGUCGACAAUCGGACCAUCGCGUCUAUCGAGCGUCUUGAGAAUGCCCUCGAUAGUCCUGGCGCGCCGGAUCUGGCUACACACCCUGAGCACGACCUCUUCCGCGUCAACUUCAAUGAUGGCCCGUCGAUUGAGCGUGGCGCAUUUUUCGUCGAAUUUGAGAACGAGCAGCAUUCAACUAUAGGCGCUGACAUGGGCGUCGACCUCUGGGGUGGCAGACUUGCAGUGAACGCAUCAAAGGGCCUCCUUACCAACCUUUUUGGCGUGUAUGCCAUUGGUGACGCCAAUUCAGACAAUGUCACCAAUGUCUACCACGCACUUGUUAGUGGCAAGAGCUCGGCUGUGUAUAUCCAUGUACAACUGGCUCGCGAAGAUGCCAAUGCUCAGCUCGUUGCUGCUGGCGUCAACAUCACCACGAGAGACAACAAACUCGAUAUGCGCUCAUUGUGGGAUACCAUGAAUGGCCAGCAAAGAGAUGUUAUGUACAUCAAGGACUUCCCGCAUUUGUAA